AUGAGUGCGCCCGCGAGUGUGGAGGCGCUGCGGCGGGAGCUGGAGGCAGAACAAGACGCGCACGCAGCGACCAUGGCGCAGCUGCAGGAGCAAACGCGCACAUUCCAGGCAGUGCUGGCGGAGCAGCAGGAGGCCUUCACAGACCUCAUCACCCGUGUCACGGAGCUUCGCGUGGCGAAGAGCGAAUACAUGGCUGCGCAAGUAGCCGGUCGCACACAGCACAUGACCUUCAAUACCGGCUCUGCCCUGCUUGACGGCUUCUUGUACAGUCUGCACGCGAAGCUGGAGGGUCCAGAGAUGUCGGUCGCCACCUCAGUUCUCCAGAAGCUCGAGAACGCUGCGCUGGAAGCGCUCACGCCGUACGGGCCGGGGCGCUUGUCUGCCCUCUUAACCAGCAGCGCCUCUGCUGUGCGCACCACGGGCCUCCUCGUGCUGUUCCCCAAUGACGUGCGUGGCGUGCGACAGUGGGCGCGAAAGCACCUGAGCAGCUGUGCUUCCUGCGCCGCUCGACAGGCGCAGCUGCCAGCGUGGACGCCGUACCGCUACGACAGCAAAGGCACUGGCUUCGCCGCAGCCCCCAACCUUCGAGCGAUUCCAAACAAGCACUACCACCACGUCGCCAUCUCUCUUUUGCAGGAGCGCAGCAUAGCAGACCGGAUGGAUACCGAGAACCAGCUCGUCAUCAUGCGCACCACGGCGCUUGUGCGCGUGCAGUCAGCGCAGACAGGACAGCGGCUAGCGGAUUCGGCAACUGCAUGUUCGCAGAUGACCAGCAGUCUACAGGCCUUCUUGGCAGAAACGAUGACGGAGCUCCGCAACACCAUCAGUGUCUCUGCUCCGUGGAGCACCGGCGCCAACCCGAACAGCGAGCUCUCUGCAGCCAUCGAAAUCCUUCUCCACAUGGUUGAGCCAGGCGUGCAGGUGCGGCCCAUGCAGCAAGUCGCCGUCACCUCCACUGGUGCCUCGUGCACCCUUGUGGAGGUUGAGACAACGGUGAGUGUGCCGCUGCACGUCUCGGCACUGGCGCCGCUGCUUCGCUUAAUGGAUGACCCGGCGCAGCGCGGCUAUGUGAUUCAGCACGUUCUCACGCCGCUGGCGCGCCGCAUUGGUGACGCUCUCGGCGACGGCGACUUGGCCGCCCACUACACGGCGACGGGUCUGCGGUUUGUUGAAGCGCUGUAUCGCCUUGCCGUGCAUCAGGGCCUCGUGGAAACCGACGGGAAGAGCAAGACACUGGAGCAGCUCUACCUCAUUCUCCAGGCGCUGGCGGUCUUUGGCACCAGCGUCGAGGCGGAGGUGAUCACCCCACACGUGCCGGCAAGUCCGCCGGAGUCGAAACCGGAUGCCAAGAGGGCGGCAUUGCGCCUCGCUCGUGCGCUGCUGCGGCAGUUUGCGGCCCCGAAGACGCUCGUGGUGCCUCGAGGCGACGAUGCGGACGCCGUAAACAUGACUAUCAAGGUUUCGCGUGCCCCAACGACCUUCCUGGAGGUUCUCAAUCGCGCCUUCAGCAGCAACCACCGCGUCCCUCCCACCUCACGCAGCACUGCACUUGACGCAUUCAUGUCGCCCAAGUCGAAGAUCAGCCUGGGGUUGAAGCUGUUCAGAGAGCUUGUGGUGGAGGUCCAUCGACCCUAUCACCCUUGCACAGGCUAUGUCUUGGCGGCAGAGAACGGUGUGGGUGGUCGCCGUCGUGCGCCGCCAUGCGUGCCCGUCAUCGACCUUCCUGUGGACGUGGUGGAGGCGAAUGUGCGUGUUGCAGAGUACGUCGAGCAGCUCCUGCAGCAGCUAAACGAGAUAGAGGCGUCAGAUGCGGUCGCAGCGGAGGGCCGACUUGAGCGGGAAGGUAAGGCUUUCGUACAGCAGGUGGUGUCCACGCUGCAGCAGACGGCGCCGGCGGAGCGACUACGGAGUCAGUGGACUGCUGCGCAGAUCACGAUUAGCGAGGUGUCGAAAGUGUGCGUGGAUGUCUUGGUGCCGUUCGCGAUGACGGAGGUGGACGCUCGAGCGGCGACGAAGCCGCUGUUAUACCUGCACGUUGUCUACAACAGCUAG